GGGAAAUCAAAGUUGUUGUAGAGCGCGGCGGGGAGGAGAUGAAAAGUAUCCGGUGGAUGACAGAGAAAAGAGGCGGCGGAUAAAGUUUUGCCACCAAGUGCGAGUUUUUGUUGUGCAUUCCACUCGAGAUGACGGAAAUCAACGAGAAAGAGAACGAACCACAACACCACGACCUCCAGCGACCACGGGCUACUGUGCCCAGCCAGCCCGAAUCAAAGCUCCAACGACUGAAGCGCUCCUUCUCCUUUAAAUCAGUCAUGCGCAGCAAGAGUGUGGACAACUUCUUCCAGCGCAGCAACGGCGAAGCACGUCCCCCUUGCACGCUCAUAAUCCCCCCAGCUCCGCCGCCGUUGCCUCCCUCGUGUUCGGAGUCCCCCCUGGCCUACGAGCGAUCGCCCUUUCUCUCGCCGUCCGCCAGCCCCAUCCCCUCGCUUUCGGAGUCGCUCCACUCUCCAUCCAUCAGCCCCUCGCUGUCUCUCAGCUCCAAGGUUCUACCCAAGUCUACGGGUCAGCCCGCGGCGCCACCCAAGACUCACUGUUUCCAGGAGCACGUCUUUCGCAGGCACACCAACUGCGAGCGAUGCAAACAUUUGAUUCAAGGAAACUCUAAGCAAGGACUGCGUUGUAAAGCCUGCAAAAUGGCCGCUCACCUCUGGUGUUUUGCGGAGCUCUCCCAGCAGCCCUGUGUUGGCAAGACGGGAGCGUUUAAAAGGAACUUCAGCUCACCUCUACUAACCACCGACUCACUGGGCGUGGUCAGGGAGGCUCCUGAUGUCCAGGAGGCCGAUAACGUCAACCUGGACCCCGUGUAUGAAGCGCUGCGAUACGGCACGUCGCUGGCUCAUAUGAGUCGCUCCAGCUUUGGAAGCAUCACGGAGUCACCCUGUCAUGAGGCUGAAAAGCUGCAAGACAAACUAGAGAAUCAGCCAAUCGCUGAAGAGGAGCCCAUUCCAGGAAUGCUCACCCCUCCUGAAAGCGAGAAGGCGGAUUCAGAAGAGCGGGUCAGCCUGAAGACCCCGAAGCACGUUGAGAUCCACUCCAUCCACACAUAUGUGGCUCUCUACAAGUUUCUGCCUCAGGAGAAGAAUGACUUGGAACUUCAGCCUGGGGAUCGAGUCAAAGUCACGGAUGACUCCAAUGAGGACUGGUGGAAGGGGAAAAGCCAAAACAAGGUGGGAUAUUUCCCAGCCAACUUUGUGCAGCGCGUCCGCCCCGGCGAGCGGGUUUGGAAGGUCACGGCUGGUUUCCACGGCAACAGAGACAAAGGCCAGAUGACGGUGAAAGAGGCCCAGAUCUGUUUCGGAAAACACGAGGACAUUGAUGGCUUUCUGCGUCUGAGCAGCGGGAAGAAGCGAGGCUUGGUCCCUGCGAACAUCCUACUUGAAAUAUGACCUCUUUUCAGUCACUAUUUAUAUUGAUAAUAAUAGUAAUAGUAAUAAUAAGUAUACUUGACGGAAAAAUCCUGAGAAUGUUUUCCUCAAUGGAAGUGGCUUUGCUAGUUUGUUUUUUUCAGUGCAUAAACUUAAAGCCCAAGAGAGUGGCUUUCUUUAGAGCUACUCUACUGUCGCUCACGUCAGAAAUGUAGCACCACUCUGAGGAAUAUGCGCAGGAAGUCUGGAUACCUCAUUCCCUGGAAUACAAAAGUGCGAUGAAACUUCUGGAAGCGAACUGAAACUGCUGACUGUCUUCACUCUGCGUAGAGAAAAUAUGGCGUUGAAAGAUUUGAAAGGCCACUGUUAUUCACUCAUUCAUGUAUCAUGUACAUGCCUGUGCUUCCUAGUUCAUCUAAAAAAAUACCUUCUAGUACCUCACACACACUCAUUUAGCGCCGCUCUUAUUUACAUGGUUUAACAGCACGGACGUCUCUCGCGUUGGCCGUCUGUCUUCAUGCACAGAUGUUGUCCAUAAAAUCUGCCUUAUCAGCCGGUUAUUUAUAUCAUUUGUGUUCGUGAGAGUGUGCUGAAAGUGCAGCACAGCAAAAACAUAAUCCCCAACUCAGUGUCAAAAAAGGAGGCGGCGGCUGUCAAACGUCUUUUUUCUCUCUCUCUCUCUCUGUGGGUUGCGUAAGUUGCGUCCUUCAAAAUGCGCAGGAUAAAUGACGAACGCCUUUUUUUUUCUGCUUUAACCGAACAACAUGGAUUUAUAGUAUUUCACCAAAGUGCGCACGCUUCUCUUCACAUUUCAUAAACUAUUUUGAUACAGUAUAUCCCUAAGGGACCAUACGAUCACAACGAAACUUGGAUAUCAGUCUGUGUACAGCAGUGUAGACAUACUUACUGUCCGCUAAGAAAGAAGUCAACACACAGCCAUUGUUGUGUAACACACUAGCUGGCAACACAAUGAGGGCAGUGGGGAGAUGCGGUUCAUUGAGGGGAAACAUCAGCCUUUACAUAGCAACACACAUCAGUACACCUCACACUGAACAUGACCACAUUGUGUCUUGUAGGUCCUCCACCUUCCUCCUUUGCUUCCUGCCUUCCUUCCUUCUUUCUUUUCUUUCUUCUUUCCUACCUUCCUUCCUUCCUUUAUCCUUUCCUGACGUUCUUUCUUUCUUCUUUCCUGCCUUCAUUUUUUCUUUUCUUUCUUUCUCAUUUUCCUACCUUUCUUCCUUUCUUUCUUCCAGCCUUCCUUUCCUUUCUUCUUUCCUGCCAGCUGCCAUUUCUUCUUUCCUGCCUGCCUUCCUUCUUUCUUGUUUUCCUUCCUUCUUUCCCACCUUCCUUCCUUCUUUCCUGUUUUCCUUCCUUCUUUCCUUUCUUUCCUUCCUUCUUUUUUGCUUUCCUUUUUUCUUCCUUCUUUCCUUCCUUCCUUUCUGCCUGACCUCCUUAUUUCCUCUUUUGCUUUCUUUUUUCCUUCUUGCCUUACUGUCUUCCUUUCUUCUUUCUUGCCUUCCUACCUUCCCUCCUUCCCGCCGUUAAUCCUUUCCUCUUUCCUGCCUUCUUACCUUCCCUCCAUCCUGCCAUUGAUCAUUCCCUCUAUCCUGCCAUCCUACCUUCCUUUCUUCUUGCGAUUCAUCAUCCCUCUUUCCUGCCUUCCUACCUUCCCUCCUUCCUGCCAUUCAUCCUUUCCUGCCUUCCUACCUUCCCUCCUUCCUGCCAUUCAUCCUUCCCUCUUUCCUGCCUUCCUACCUUACCUCCUUCCUGGCAUUAAUCCUUCCCUCUUUCCUGCCUUCCUACCUUCCCUCCUUCCUGUCAUUAAUCCUUCCCUCUUUCCUGCCUUCCUACCUUCCCUCCUUCAUGCCAUUCAUCCUUCCCUCUUUCCUGCCUUCCUACCUUACCUCCUUCCUGGCAUUAAUCCUUCCCUCUUUCCUGCCUUCCUACCUUACCUCCUUCCUGCCAUUCAUCCUUCCCUCUUUCCUGCCUUCCUACCUUCCUUUCUUCCUGCCAUUCAUCCUACCCUCUUUCCUGCCUUCCUACCUUUCUUUCUUCCUGCCAUUCAUCCUACCCUCUUUCCUGCCUUCCUACCUUUCUUUCUUCCUGCCAAUAAUCCUACCCUCUUUCC